GCUCCGUCCAUUUCUCCACUAACAUGGCGGAGGUCUCGGAGAGGACGCUGCAGGCCGCCGUGCUGAUCUCCUUCGCCGCCGGUUUUCUGGCUGGUUGGCAGGCGAACCGGGCCCGGAGGAGGUUCCUGGACUGGAGGAAGAAACGGCUGCAGGACAAACUGACCGAGACCCAGAAGAAGCUGGACCUGUCCUGACCGGUCACCGUGAAAAGCCGCCGUUAAACCGGUUCAGAGGUUUGUGGUCUCAGCUGGAUCCUGGAGGUCACCUGAAGAUGAUCCUCCACAUCUGUCCUCCAGCUGUCCUCCGCCCCAGUGAAAGAGAAGCCAUACUGAUGGGCAUCUGAAGCUAACCCUAACCCUGGACUGCUUUCCUGCCAACAGACACUUUUUUCUGUUUUUGGAGUUUCUCAGUUUGUCUUUUUUGUUUCUGUCAAAAUAAAUGUAUUUAGUUUUC